GCCACAUUUGGCCUUAUUGCGGUAAGCAAAUCGCCGCCCACACCCGCGUCUCCAGAACAGCGAUACCGUCCCAGUAACCUGUGCUGGGGUGAAGAUCCCACCAGUCGACUAGACUUCCUCACAGAAGUGCCCUCCUCCUCCUCCUGCGACCAGCAAGCAGACAUACCCGAGCGUCUACCAGCCGAGGGCGGAGCGAACAAGGAGGAUUCGGAUGAAGAGCUUGAACACGAGAGGACCGUGCUGCAUGAGGGCAGGGAACCCCAGACUCAACUGCGAACUGUUCCUCUCAGUCGUCAGGAUGAUACUGAUGGCGUACUUGGCAGCCACAAUGACUUUGACUUCGAGGGACUUGAGGGCGCCUCCGCAUUCGAUGAUUCCAACUCCAUGCUUCAUCUGGAAGACGGUCCGGACAGCAGCAGUAACUCCAAUCGACGUGAUUCUCUCACCGCGCACUGUGAAGGCCCCGAUGAGGGCAUUGGCGAGGUGGACAACAGCAGCCCCAAUUCGGCCUCGCAUGCAACGAUGCCCUCAGGGGGCGAGGGUGGAGGUCAGCUGAUGGGUGGAGGUUUUUUGACGAAACGCCGGGGACCGCGAACCACAAUAAAGGCCAAACAGUUGGACACUCUGAAGUCAGCCUUCUCCACCACGCCUAAACCAACACGACACAUACGAGAACGGCUAGCCCAGGAGACUGGACUGUCAAUGCGAGUGAUUCAGGUAAGCGUUGCUUUACCUAAGCAAACAGUCGAUGCGUGA